AUGUCUAAUCAAGGACUAUCGCUGAUUUUUUCUCUGUUGUUUAUCUGCUUCAUCAGAGAGACUUUCGGCAUUUGUGAUGGAACUAUCUGGGCAAAGGUUGGAUGGGAGAUUCUUCCAGAAGAAGUACAUUACUGGAAAGUUAAGCGUCCUCCAUCUUACUGUCUGCCAUAUCCUCUGAAUAAUCUAUGCUGCAACUUGGCUAACAUGGAUAUAUUUCAGAGUUGUUUAUAUUUUAUUUAUAUUUCAUUACAAGCUCUCUUUUUCAUCUUAUCUGUUUUGUCUGUGCAUUAUCUGUGGAUGAAAUGGAAGAAACACCGAAUAAAGCUGAACCAAUCAUCCUCAGAAAAAUCUGGUAAUGAUCUAGAAAGCCCAUCCAUCCAAGACAUUGACCAAAUACUCUACAGACUGGCAACCGCGACAUCAAUGAUAUCCAAGAUCUUGGAGCACAGGUCUUACCAUCCUUCCUCUAAUAAAAUUAAGCACUGCAAGUUAAAGAAAAAGAAGAAGACUAAAGAAGCAGGAGCCAAAAGAUACUAA